CAAUGCAGUAGUUGUCUUUUCUUGCUCGCGUAUGACUGACAACGGAGUAUUUUUCUUGUGCCCGUUCAAGCGAUUAAAGCGGAUGUGAGCCAUCGAAGCGACGAUGAAAAAUCGCGCAAAAAGUUAAGAACGAAACCCGUGACGACGUCGUUUUGUUUUUGGUGGUGGAAUCAUGUCGUCACCUCAGCACCGUCCUGCGGAGCCACCAGACGGGAACGGAGUGAAAAACGGAAGUAGACCAGUCAGUUUUUAUGAUAAUUGUAUGGAAAACGGAAAUAAUAUGUCGGACGAUGGUCUGGCCAAGGAAGCGAGCCUUGAUGUCACCCCAACGCAGGCACAUUGUUUGGUGACCACCGUACCGCAGAACAUGGUAGCGCAAAAUAUGGGCACGAAACAUACGCCAAACAGGAACAGUUUGAGGCACAGCCGAAUGAUUGCCAUGAAUAAAACCGGACGAGUUCCACGGAAAUACCUACCUGCGAUAAUCCGCUACCACAAACUAGCUAAGGCACUACUCGGAUUAAUCCUCCUCCUCGGCCUCGCGCUAUGUUUUCUCGCUCUCUGGCUCCUCCUCUGGGCCCCCAACAUAAGACAACGCGACAACCCCCACUGGAGCGGCAUUCCCGUACUCCUCUCCGGAUUAGUGGGCCUAAUCUUACUUUGCUGUUUUCGAAAAGAGCACCCCGGCACCAACCGAAACUACUUCGUAUACGCCAUCAAGGUCCUCAGCGUCACUCUCAGCGCGCUCGGCGCCGCCGCCUCGUUCACCGCUUUUGCUUUCGCAGUCAUCCACUUGGUGUCGCUGUACUCCAUGACCUGUGUCACUUCCACCACGGUCGACAAGACCUGCAUCUGUCAAAUGGGCGCAGGCAACGACACCGUCACGUCCACACAAAGUUACCACUAUAUCGAUCUUAGUUGCGUCGAAGUCGACAGUAUUCUGACAAUUCUGAUCAUUUUUUCAUGUGCUACGAAUCUCAUCGCCGGAGUUUUGGAAGUUUGGUAUGUUUACUUACACUGGGCCAGUAGGUAUAAGUACACUUAUUCCAAAGUCAGAACGGAGGACAACCAACCGACGGUUCUCACCAACCUCAGAUAACGAAAGUACCUGCUUUUUGUCAUUUGUCCCAAAGAUUUUAGUGUAAUUGUUUUCUACAUUAGAUGUGUGUAAUGUAUGGUUGCUAAGGACUCGUAAAAAGAGACUUUGUUUAUGUAAAAAAUUUAAAUAAAUCAUAAGAGUUU